UAGAAGCCGAAGCCAACGGCGUGUUCACGGCUCACGUGUCUCGGUUACUUUAUUUUCGCGCUUUUUUUUACAUUCGCGAGUGACAAUAAAAUAAUUUGUUAUAAAAUCAUACUUUUUAAUCACACUAUAGACGUCUCUGCAAGACUACAAUUAUGAUUGUACACGAAAGUUCUGCGAAAAGAAUCAAAUCUUUGGAAAAAUACAGAGACAGCAAAGCCAAAGAGGAUAAGUCCGAGAUGUCGGAGUUGAAGCAAAGCGAUAAUGUCGAAGAGGACGAGGACGAUCAUCAUAUAGGUACAAAAGAAAGUGAGGGCUCGGGAUCGGAAAAUGAGAAAACAACGGGCAACGCAAACGCCGGUUGGGCGGAUGUUAUGCAAAAAAUCUUAAAGACUAAAAAACCCAAAAGGAAAAAAUCUAUAGUGCUCUCCAAGGCAAAAAAGUUGAAUGAAGUAAAACAUAAAGAAAUUGUUGAAACCGUACCGUUUGAAAUUGAAACAGAAACUGGUGAGGUAAAGAAAGAAAUUGUACCAAAAGUAGAAAAAAAAGAGGAUAAAAGCGAAGCAACACCUCUAAAAAGGAAAAGAAAAGACACCCAACUCGGAAUCAGAGUGAAGCCAUCAAUAAAGGAUCGGGAAAGGGAAAAGAUGCUUCAAAAAAUAGCUACCAUGGGCGUUGUACAGCUGUUUAACGUAGUAAAACAGCAACAAAUUGAUAUUGAUAAGAAAUUAGAUGAAGUUGGUCCUUUGGAAAGAAAGCGAGAGCAGGUACUCAAGAGCAUCGAUAAACGAGCGUUUUUGGAUGUCCUUAUGGGAGGCUCCAAAAGUAUUACAGUCGAUGAUCCAACAAAGAAUACCAAGGUCGAAAGCACCGAAAAUAAUGAAAACGACAAAGUUUGGAGCGUGCUUCGAGAUGAUUUUGUAAUGGGCGCUAAGCUCAAGGACUGGGACAAAAAAGCACCUGAGGACGACAACGAAUCUACGUCGUCAGAAGAGAUGGACAGUGAUUAGAUGAGUUUAAAAAUU